CGCCACGCAAAUCAAAAGCCGGCAAACUUUUGCGAAAACUAAGAAACGCAUUUUAUAGCCAUUUUCCGGGAAUUUAAGAUGCAAGAGUCAUGCGCGGCGUUCGCAAGUGUGUUCACUGCGGCGCCAUCAAUGGCAACCGGGCGCUGCUCUGCAAGAAUUCCGAGUGUCCGCAGCGCAGGAACGUUCUCGAUGCCGUGCAGCUGGUGUCGCUGCGGCCAGGCUCCACUGUCUACUCGCUGAGGACCAAGGAGAAGGAGCAGCAGCCGCGCAACUUUGUGGUCAUCCAGGACGUCACGCUGUCGCUGCAGCCGGACGCUGCAGUGGUGUCCAGCAAGGCGGAGUGCUUCGUGGAGUCGUGCAAGCGAACGGGAGGCGAGCCGACGGACUGCGUCCAUGUGAAAGCUUGCCGGGAGCUGGGCGCCGAGUUCGCGAAGGCGCAGGUCUACCGCGUGUCCCGCGAGGUGCUGUGGAACCUGAACAUUAGCCUGGAGCAGAAGCAGAACCUUUGGCAGCUGUACAAGUACGCGGAGGAGGAGGAGCACCUGCCGGGUGUGCAGCGCCUGAAUCACUCCACAUUCGCCGUCAAGUGCGAGCGCUCCGAAUCCUUUCCAGCGGCUCGACUGCACGUCACCGUCUCGGCCAAUGGCCUGUCCAAGAAGAAGAGCAGCUACGCCUGCGCCUGCCGCAAACUGAAGAUCAUUGUGGAGCCAGAUAAUUCGCUGGUGAUGCAGGACGAGAUCUGCGAUCACCUGCUGCUCGUCCUGGCUGGCAUCCUUAGUUCGCCGCAGGGAAAACGCGUCUAUGGCCAUUUCACCAGCGGUUUGCAGACCUUCUGGAUGCCCUUGCAGCUGGAAACUCCGCUAGGCGACGUGGCCACCGAGGAUUUGCGGCUCAGCCUGGACAUGGUGGAUGAGCUCGACCCGCAGGUGGACAUACUUGUCUUUGGCGACCAACUAGAUCUUUCUCUGCCGAAUCUCUCCGAUGGCGUCUUUAACCUGGACACCAUGCAGGCCGCCACAUCUAGCCAAAGCGCCUCGAGCACCAACGAUGCCCUGAUCCACUAUGCCAACGACUCGCAGCUCUUGUCCAACCUCGAUGUCUAUGCGGAGCCCAUCGAGCUAACCGACUGCAAUAUCGAGCUGAUGGAUCAGUUCCAGCCCACCGACCAGCUGGAUAUAUGCAGCGAGGAUAUAGAACUGCCCUUGAUCAGUGAACCCUACAACAUCCUAGCUGCUCCGCCCAUUUUCACCGAGGCCACGCCCUCUGUGGUCGCCGAUCAGCUGCCCAUUGAGCUGGCCACCAUAUCGAUGGUCAAGAAGGCACCGGUCAAGUUCUCGGAAAUAGUGACCGAAGUGAAGUCCCUGAAGCAGCCCUCUCUGCCGGCCAAAAGGGAGUUAAUCGUGAAUGGUGCAGCGUCAGCUGCAUCCGCUUGCUUGGACGCUUCCGUUCAGCCGGCUCUAUCCUACUCGGCAUGGCUGGAUCAUGUGAUCGAGCUGCUAAACGACAGUUGCGAGCCAUUGGAAACGGAAAGCAACACGCUUACCAAGCGCUUGGUGCAACAGAACUUCCAUGUGCACAAGGAAACCUUUUCGCAUUUUUGCAAGAGCUUCAGUACUGGAGUCAAGCGACGUCCGUUGGACAAGCUAACUGUGAUAGAGUCGGGCAAACAUAAAGGCCUCAGCAAGUACACCUGGCACUUUGCGAGUCCGCACACCGCGAAGCGCAUCUUUAGCACCUCCAACGUACAGCUGCAGUUGGAUCGCGCCUUCGAGCGGCAUGCAGAAGGUCACUUCGUUCCCUACGUACGUCCACCGAUGGAACCACAGGUGCCGGGUCAGCCGAAGAAGCGUAUAGUCUACCCGAGACUCAGCCUUUAUAUGGUUAAGAUACUCUUCGAAGCGGCACCAAAGGACUACGUCGGCAAUGGAGUCCUGGUCACCUGGACACCGGAUGUUUUGCCCCGCAGCCAGUUCGGGUUGAUGCACGUGGAGUUCACCGUGGAGACACGUCCGCCCAGAUAGGAUGAAGCAUUUGUUACCACCGCCGGUGUCGGUAUGAGAAAUUUACAAGCCCUUCUAGCGUUUAAGUAGUCUUAGCCUAAGUCGGGUCUAGUGCCUAAGAAACAUAAUCUCACAAAAUUGGUCAUUAGUUGGUUGUUUAACAUGUAGAGCCGCCUAUUUGGUAUCAGCUGACAAAUGAUUGGAUUGAUACGAUCGGAUAUUGAAGUGUGCUCCCAAAUCCUCGGUCUGCAUCCGCAAGUAGUCUGACUACAUGCGAUUGAGUGGAAACUACAUUCGGGACAGGUCUUGCGGGGGCGGGGAGGGGCAACUGAAGGACCUUUGACAUUCGUUCAUAAUAAUCAUUUACAUAAUCAGUAUCAGUAUGCAUGCUUAUUCAAGUUAAAGUGUACAAAAAACCAGUCUUUAAAACAUGUUUGUUCAUCGUUUCGUAUGUUCUUCAUUUCCACCAAUACUUUACAUAUAAAAUGUAAAAAUAUUCACUAAAUUACUUGUGGGGGGUAUAUACUUUCUAACUGCCCGAUUUGGAGAGCUCCAAACCAUUUGGCUAUGGCCAUUCAGAGUGCUAGGUUUAAUCAUAAUUCAUUCGGGUCUAACUUUAAGAGAACUGUACAGGCUAGAUUUACGCAUCGAUAGAGGAAAACAAAACUUAAGCUUGGGUUUUCAUUGGGAUUUUCUUUUAUCUCACUUUUCACACGUAUCAUAUAGUUUAAUAAUACUUUGCUUGCGACUACUUUGCCGAUUUACACUUAUAGUUGUCGCGUUCGCUUAAAUUAGUUUUUAUUUUUACAAUAUUAUUAGCUUUGCAGAGUGUGAAGGGUUCUCUGACUUCUGACAUUUAUACAGUAUCUUUUAUCUGAUCUAAGCUGUAUUUACAAAUUUUCGUGAUGCUCUUGUGCUUUGUGCGGAAAUCGUGUGAUUUACUUAGCUUUGAUUGGGAUUUACAGUGAUGUGUGUGGUGUGGGUGGUGUAGAGUGCUCGGUAAUUCGGCUUAGUGCCCACUAAAUUCGCAAUUAAUUUGUAGCUAGGUUCGCUUAAGUUUGUCAUUUUGCAUUAAACUGUCUUAAAGUGGAACCAAUUGUUAGGAAGGCAAAAUGAAAAGAAUAACAGAUACUAGGACGGACUGAAUCGAUUCGAAUUAAAAUGCAAAUUGAUUGCUCAAUCAACUAAUUCAAUUCAACAACUAAUAUUCAUUACUUUAAUAGGAAUUUGCUUGGGAGAGCUUAAAAAAAUCAUGGCACAAGUGUGUGCAGCAUUAGCCUGCAUUAACGUUAGUUAUGUGUAAUCAGCGUAUUUAAAUGAUUAGACAAAUAUGUUAUUAACUCUACUUGUUCGAUUUGUGCAUUUCCACUACGUUUCCACUUUAGAUUUGCGAUUAUUCUUGUUCUUCACUGCGGCUUUUGACUUUCGUUCUUGUUUUGUUUUUCCCUCGUGACUAAAUGUGGGUAAAGUAUGGUGUAU